CUUAUAUCUCAAAUCAAAAAGAACGAAGACAAACACACACACAAUGUCAGCAGCAACACCCACACCCCAAGACUCGGGCCUCCCACCCCCACCCACAACCGCACCCUCAACCUCAUCCCCAACCCCAAACCUCCCCACAACAACAGCCCCAUCGAAACCCACAAUCCUCCACCUCGGCGACGACAUACGAUGGAACCACACGCUGUACGCGGAGCUGCAGUCGCACUUCCACAUCGAGCGCUCGCACUCCAUGGACCGCGAGGCGUUCAAGGCUGCCCUGAGGGACCGCCGCUGGGGGGACUUCGUCGGCAUGUACAGGCCGUUUUGGAACACGGGCGGGGAGAUGGGGAAUUGGGACCGCGAGCUGAUUGAGCUGCUGCCCGGGAGCUGUAGGAUUUAUGCGAGUGCGGGGGCUGGGUUCGAUUGGGUGGAUACGAGGACGAUGGCUGAGUUCGGAAUCAUAUACUGCAACUCCGCGCCCGCGUGCACCGAAUCCGUCGCCGACGCUGCCAUCCUCCUCAUCAUCACCACCUUCCGCGCCAUCGUGUGGUCCUUCCUCGGCGCGCGCUCCUGCUCGCCGUCGCAGUUCCACGCCGCGAACCAGAACAUCGCCGCCGUCACGCACAACCCGCAGAACCACGUGCUGGGCGUCGUCGGGUUCGGCAAGAUCGGGUACCGGAUCGCGCAGAAGGCGAGCCGGGCGUUCGAUAUGCGGAUUUGGUACCAUGAUGUGGUGAGGAUGGAUAGGGAGAGGGAGGAGAGUGUUGGGGCGAGGUUCUGCGAGACGUUGGAGGAGUUGGUGGGCGGGGCCGAUUGCGUGGUUUUGGCUACGCCGUUUAAUGGGGAGGUGUUGUUGUCGACGGAGCAGUUUGGGUGGUUUAAGAGGGGGAGCCGGUUGGUGAAUAUCGCGAGGGGGAAGUUGGUGGAUGAGGAGGCGUUGGUGAGGGCGCUGGACGAGGGGAUCGUGAGUUCGGCGGGGCUCGAUGUCCAUGCGAAUGAGCCGUAUGUCAAUGAGAAGUUAGCGAAGAGGGACAAUGUCAUGGUGUUGAGUCACACGGCGGGGGCGAGUGUGGAGAGCCAUAUUGGGUUCGAGAGGUUGGGGAUCGAGAAUCUGCUAGGUUUCUUGCAUCAUGGGACUGGGGCUGUGACGCCGGUGAAUCUGCAGUGGUUAAAGGCGAAAGAGGAGAGCGCCGACGCGUGA